CACUAUGAAGGUUAAGUCGAACACAACAGAGUGACUGUGAAUAUGGACACGUAAGAAUAUGGAAGGUGGAUCAACGUGUUUACUCUGUAUUACAUCUACACCAGUGAACACCAACAACCCGGAAGUACCUGGGCUUCACACUGACUGUGGUCCUCUGUCCAUGUGCUACAUUUACACACAUACACAUCAGGGUCUUAUUCAUCAUCAGAAAUAUCACGUUGGGACAAUUUGCAGAAGCUGAGCUACCCAACAUUUGUUUAAAUGGGAAAUUCAGUGGGGCACAACAGCUUGGGAAUUCCUCGAGGAAAAGGACCACACCAGGUGGGAUGCACAGACCUAAUGGUGGGACACACAGUACAGGGGACCUUCUUCAGACUUUACUAUCCAUGCCAAGCUCUAGACGGCUCAGUGGAGCCAAACUGGAUCCCAUGCAGAGAAUACUUCAUUGGCCUUGCUGACUUCAUGAAAAUGAGCCGAGCACUGGGUGAUAGAAUUUUUAACUACCUCUUUGGGUCUUACAAAAUCCCAACAACGUGGAAUGCCCCUUUUAAAACAGAUGGAAAAUACCCAGUGAUUAUUUUCUCUCAUGGUCUGGGAGCAUUCAGGACACUGUAUUCAGCAGUAUGCAUUGAGUUGGCCUCACGGGGCUUUAUUGUUGCCGCUGUGGAACACAGAGACGAAUCUGCCUCAGCAACCUUCUACUACAAAGAGAAAAGUGAAGUGAAUCGAAGCCAUCAGACACAGCGGGAAGCGUUCCAGCCUGUGUCGGGUAAUUUGGUGGAGGAGUGGAUGUACUACAGACGACUAAAAACAGGCGAGAGUGAAUUCCUUCUAAGAAACAAUCAAGUGAAACAAAGGGCAGAUGAGUGCAUAAGAGCUUUGGAUCUUCUUAUCAACAUUAAUUUAGGAACGUCUGUGGAAAAUAUCCUACGCUCUGACUUUGACUGGUCAAAAUUGAAGAACUGUAUGGAUUUGUGUAAAAUAGCGGUCAUGGGCCAUUCCUUCGGUGGGGCUACGGUGAUCGAGUGUUUGUGUAAGGAAGUCAGGUUUAAAUGUGGUGUUGCGUUGGACACAUGGAUGUUUCCCCUUGAUGAAGAAAUCUUUCCAAGUGUGAAGCAGCCAAUUUUUUUCAUUAACUCUGAGAAGUUCCAGUGGGCCGGGAAUAUUAUGCUCAUGAAGAAAUUGGAUUCUCCCGUCAUUCCAAGAAAAAUGAUCACCAUUAAGGGGACUGUGCAUCAGAGCUUCCCAGAUUUCACCUUUCUCACCGGUAACUGGAUCGGGAAGCUUCUGAAGCUGAAAGGAGAAAUUGAUCCUAACAUAGCAAUGGAUUUGUGCAACAGAGCUUCGUUAGCAUUCCUUCAACGACACUUAUCUCUGGAGAGAGACUUCAAUCAGUGGGAUCAUUUAAUUGAUGGACAAGAUGACCACCUGAUUCCAGGCACCAACAUCACUCUGCUUCACUCCUCCAUCUAAUCAUUUGUU